UAUAUAUAUAUAAGUUUUUAACAUUUCGUUUACAAUUAAACGAUUAACGAACAAAAAAAAAAAAAAAGAGGACAAAAACCAGUUAAAAAACAAAAAUAAAUAAAAACGAAUUUUUGUGUCGUGUUGUUGUUAAUUACAUAUACAAGCAAUUUGCUAACGCAUUUUUUAUACAUACAUAUAUAUUUCGCUAUCUUAAACGAAGGGGUGUAACCGCAUUAAAUAAAGCCCCAGUGAAAUCAUCUGAAUACACAUAUAUAAGAGAAUAUUUUAAGCGGAUGAUAUUUCAUUGGAAAGUGUUGUUGCACUGUAUAGGUAGGAUACGAAAGGCACCGUUCACAUAAUUGAAGCGUGUGUCUGUUCAUGCGAAGGAAUCUCCGUUUGGAUUGGAGGGCCCUAGCGCUGCUGGGUGCCCUCCUUUCGAUUAUAAUCGAUUGGCCGGGUCUGGUUUAUGCAAUGCCGAUUUUAUUACCAUCAUCAUCAUCAUCGUCGUCGACGUCGUCGUCGUCGUCGUCGACAACAAUUGCAUCCACACCCAUCGCUGCUUAUAUUGAAAACAUAAAUGUAAUUAAUGUGACUAAAUACGUGUCGUCUGCUGCCGGUGCAAUGUCAGUUAAGAAUAAUAACAAGAACAAUAACAAUAAUCUAAGUGAGCAAAGUUUGACACAAAACAUACGCUAUAACGCUACUAUGGAUAUUGCUGGCAGAUUUAGUUUAUUAAGGAAACAACGAAAGAUUCUUUAUCUUAACGAAAACAAUAUGAAUCAUUUACUCAAUAAUAGACAUUCAACGACAAAUGAGAAGCAGGAGGUUAACGACAAAAUAACUCAUAGUAUUAGUAAACAAAAUAUCAAUAAGAGUAAUAAGAAUAAUAAUAAUAAUAAUAAUAAUAAUCAUAGCGGAACUGCCAUUUGUGCCGGCCAAACAUACAAAUAUACAAAUCAUCCGAAAAUUAACGCAACAGAAAAUUUUCAUCAAUUAAUUGAGGAAAUUCCUAUUUCUCAUAUGGCAACAACCACCGAAUCCAAUACAUUCACUACCGACAUUUAUAGUGAUAUUGCCAUCAAUACUGAAAGCAGUGCCGUUAAUGAAGAUGAAGAUAAUGAUAACGAUAAUGAUAAUGAGAAAAAUUCUUCAUUAUUUGCUGCUGCAUUUCAAUUCUCUUCAUCGAAUCAUUUAGCUGUUCUAUCACGUACCGAGCGUAGUAUAAGUUCACUUUCAUCAUCGCACAGCUUUCAAAGAUCACCUGAUAGUGUUAGUAGCAGUAGUAGUAGUAGUAGUAGCAGUAGUAGUAGUAGCAGUAGUAGUAGCAGCAGUAGUAGGGGUGUUCGCAGCAGUAGCAGUAACGGUAGCGGUAUUGUACGCCGUUCUUCAGAUGCCAAUGGUGUGAAAUCGAAAAGACUGAAUAAUUCUAGAAUACAACACAACAACAAUAAUAAGAACAACUUAGAUCGCAAUGAGCGUUCGACGCUUUCUCAUCUCUCGGGGCCGUCACGAAAAAUUCAAUUGUAUAUAAAAAAUCGUUUCAUUCAACUAAUGCCAGAUGGCACCGUAAAUGGUACGCAGGAUGAUCAAAGCGAAUACACGAUAUUACAGCGCUCUUCUGUUGAUGUGGGACGUAUAAAAAUACAGGGCGUAGCCACUUGCUUAUACUUGUGUAUGGAUCCAUGCGGUGCUGUUUACGGCUCGAAAGACUUUACUGACGACUGUGUCUUCAAUGAGAACAUGGAAUUGCACAACUAUAAUACUUAUUCGUCAACUUAUAAUUCGAAUGCGCGACGAAAAUAUUAUUUGGCAUUAAAUCGGCACGGGGAACCGCGCAAACUGCAAAUACCACCAACCCGAUCGCUAGGUAAAUUAGCGACAUAUACGAAUGCUAUAACUGAAACGGUGCCGCAAGAGCGUGUUGAGCAAUUAAUCGCGAAAAAUUUUGGAGCAAAUCGUAUAAAACAUGGCAUUCGUCAACUCUGUGAUACUGGCAAACCAUUGAUCGAAUUGAUCGAUAGUAAACAUUUUAAAGCACGUCCUAAGUGCAAUCCAAAUAGUAGUAGUUCGAAUAGCAACAAUAGUAGCAGUAGCACUAGUAGUAGUAGUAGUAGUAGCAGUAGCAGUAGUAGUAGUAGUAGUAAUAGUAGUAAUAACAACAGUCAUAAGAAUAUUAGCUUAGAUAGCAAUUUAGUUAGCAAUUAUGGCCAAUUAUUGAACAACGUUCCUGCUGCCAAUGAUAAAAUUAGAUUAGAAAACGCUAGUAGUAGUAGUGGUAGUAAUAUAAAUAGCAAUAGUAGGAGUAGUGGUAGUAACAAAAGUAGCAGUAGUAGUAGUAGCAGUAGUAGCAAUAGUAAUAGUCAUAGAGAUGAUAUUCAUGAAAGAAGUAGCAAUAGUGGUACCAGCCAGAGUAGUAUUAGCAAUAGUCAAAUUUAUGGCCAUAUUAGUGAUAGCGCUACAAAUAGCACACAAGCCAGUCAUCACGUUGGCGGUGUCAAGAAAAAGAAGAAGAAACGAAAAUGUCGUCCAUUGGAAAAUGAAGAAGAGCAUAAUUGUCAACGCGGACCGCAAGCCUUACGAAAAAAAGCGAACAGCACACCGGGUGCGUUAGGACCCAAACGUGAGCAAAAAUGCCGUGAACUUUUGCUACAGCAACAACAAGCUCAAGUCGCCGAAGUGAUAUUACCACCUAUGUGCAAUAAAAUGGCUGGUCAUAAGAAAUCAAAUAACAACUCCAAUCAGAAGAGACCGAACAACAAUAAGAAUGGUUUCGCAAUGGAUAUUUUGAAUUUGGGUCAUAAUAAUCGUCGAGGCAAAAAACUUAAUGUAAAUGGUCGUCAAGCAGCUAAACUACAUCCGAUGAACGGAUUCAGGAAACGACCAAAAAAUCCAAAAAGAGGCAACAACAACAAUAGAAAAAAACAACAACAGCAACAAGGCACUACACAGAAAACUACAACCGCUAAUACUAGUCCCCCAUCCACUAGCCCCAAAUUAAUUACAAGUACGACAAGUAGCAGGAGCACUACAAUUAUAACGACGACAACGACGACUACAAGACCACGCUUUUGGGAAACUACCUCGUUAAUACCCACCACAACCAUGUUUGAUAAUUUCGAUUUUCAAACUGAAACCACUAGCGAUCGGGGUGAACGGGAACAGCGCAACGUACAUUUCCCUUCAUCUAUCGAAGAGUCAAUAGAAACCUCAGCGGAAGAGCACUUAAUCACAGACAACGAGGAUUCCGAAAUUGAUAACGAUGAUCUCGAGGUAAAUGAGGAAAUCGAUGAAGUGAGUUAUGACGAUGAUCUAUACACGGCGAGCAGCAGCAGUAGCAGUCAUUUGCCACUUACAAACAUCGAUACAAACACUCCACUCACAGGUGGCGCUGAAGAUUUCCUUUACUACGAUCAGCUAGAUUUCCUACCAUUGAGUCUAUGGGAAUUAACUGCUCUACUGUGGAUUAUUGCAUGGAGCUUAUACGGAAUGGAACCUUCUUAAAAAUUCAUUAAGUUACGCUUUAGUUUUCCGUUUUCGUUUUUGCUACGAGUACCUUUUCUUAAAUGAAAAUCGAAAAAACAACAAAAACUUGAAUAUAUUUUUAAAUUUAAUAAAUAUAGAUAGAUAGAGAAGGCAUAAUAAAAAUUCUUAUUAUUUCUGUAUUAUAAAUCUUUAGAGAGAUAGUUAUGUAUUUGUAAGUAAUUAAGGCUUAAAUAAUUUCAAAGAAUCUGA